UCCUGGAACUCAUUCCCCUGGGCCACUGAAAUGUUCUUGCUUCACUUAAUGCCACGGAGUAGCUUGGUAGAAAAACGGGACUCGAGUCCUCGCCUCUCGGUAAUUCCUGCCGCCCUGUGCCCACAUUCUUCCCAUCGCUCAUUUCCGGUAUUUCGGAUCCCCGCGGCUCUAGGAUCCUAAAAAUUCGGUCUAAUGUUGCCAGGGGGAACGCCAUUUCGCUGCAACCCUAUGUGCAGUCCCUGCCUCUUUCCCAGGCACCAACCAAUAGAAACGAAGAUCCUCAGUGGGUGGCCAAUGGUAGUCGAGAAUCCUUGAGUGCGGUACCACCGGUUGUGGAGUGGGCGGGGCCUCCUGUCUGAACUCCAAACCCCUAGGCUGGGCGGGCAGGCUGGAAUCCAUGUGGCGGGGGCUCUGGACCCUGGUAGCCCGGGCGGCACGUGGGCCUUUCAGACCGUGCACGCGCCAGGGCAGCGGCGCCCUGGCUCCCGGACCCGGGGCCACCAUUUUUGCGUUGAGCUCUGGCCAAGGCCGCUGUGGCAUAGCUGUGAUCCGGACCAGCGGUCCCGCCAGUGGCCAUGCCCUCCGGAGCUUAACGGCGCCCCGGGACUUGCCCCCGGCCCGCAGGGCCUGCCUGCGCCUGCUCACCGACCCCCGCUCUGGGGAGCCGUUGGACCGCGCCUUAGUGCUCUGGUUCCCAGGUCCCCAAAGUUUCACGGGUGAGGACUGUGUGGAGUUCCACGUGCAUGGAGGCCCGGCAGUGGUGAGUGGCGUCCUGCAGGCCCUGGGCAGGGUGCCAGGGCUGCGGCCUGCAGAGGCAGGUGAGUUCACCAGGCGGGCCUUCGCCCAUGGGAAGUUGAACCUGACUGAGGUGGAGGGGCUGGCGGAUCUGAUCCAUGCGGAAACCGAGGCACAGCGGCGGCAGGCCCUGAGGCAGCUGGACGGGGAGCUGGGUCAUCUCUGCUGUGCCUGGGCCGAGACCAUCACUAAGGCUCUGGCCCAUGUAGAGGCCUAUAUCGACUUUGGGGAGGAUGACAACCUGGAGGAGGGCAUCCUGGAGCAAGCUGACAGCCAAGUGCGAGAGCUGGAGGUGGCACUGAACACACAUCUUCGAGAUGCCAGGCGCGGGCAGAGGCUACGCUCAGGGGCGCACGUAGUGGUCACAGGACCCCCCAACGCGGGCAAGAGCAGCCUAGUAAACCUACUCAGCCGGAAGCCAGUGUCCAUCGUGUCCCCAGAGCCGGGGACCACCCGCGAUGUGCUGGAGAUCCCUGUGGACCUGGCUGGGUUCCCAGCGCUCCUGAGCGACACGGCAGGGUUGCGGGAGGGCAAGGGGCCAGUGGAGCAGGAGGGUGUGCGGCGAGCCCGUGAGAGGCUGGAGCAGGCUGACCUCAUUCUGGCUGUGCUGGACGCCUCUGACCUGGCAUCUCCGUCCAGCUGCGACUUCCUGGACACGGUUGUCACCCCCGCGAUAGCUCAGAGCCCCAACGGGAACAGCCAGCGCCUGUUGCUGGUGCUGAACAAAUCGGACCUGCUGCCCUCUGGGGGCCCAGACCUCAGCCCUGAACUCCCUCCCCACCUGCUGCUGUCCUGCCUGACUGGGGAGGGGCUAGACGGCCUCUUGGAGGCACUGAGGAAGGAGUUGGCUGCAGUGUGUGGAAACCCAUCCACAGGCCCACCGCUUCUGACGCGGGCAAGGCACCAGCAUCACCUCCAGGGUUGCCUGGAUGCCCUUGGCCACUACAAGCAAGCUAAAGAUGUAGCUCUGGCAGCCGAGGCACUGCGGAUUGCCCGGGGGCACCUGGCCUGCCUCACCAGUGGAGGGGGCACUGAAGAGAUCCUGGAUAUCAUCUUCCGGGACUUCUGCGUGGGCAAGUAAGGGGACUGCUGAAGCUUGGACCAGCUGUAUGGACACUGAGAAUCCUUGAUACAUCUGGGAAUAGCUUAGGCCAUGUGAGCUUCUCAUUUCCUUGGGGAAGAACUUGAUUGCAAAACAGUGAGUGAGCUCCCUGUUGCUGGUGGUGACCCAGCUCUAGCUGGCCAGAUUCCCUCACAGGGACUUGCUGGGCGUUCAGGCCCUGGAGUGGGACUGAACAGAGGUCCCUUUGGGCAUCUGAUCCUGGGGAAAUAGCAGUGAGGGUUGGGAGGGAGGGAGAAGGAUCUCAGGGGUCUUUGUUUCAUAGUUUUUAAUGUAUUUUGUAAAUACCAAAGGAAAAAAAUCUCAGAUGACCUGGAAAUGUUUAAACACGGAAAUCUCUUCCCUCACCCCCACUGAUGUCACAGCAUAACUUGUGUCCUUCUAGAACUUCCUUUGAGUGUUUGUGUACUUGUGGGUGCACCUGUAAAAUAUGUUUUGUCUUAUGUAUUCUACAUACAUUGUGUGUUUACUGCUCUGCAA